AUGUCUCCUAGUCUUGUACGCAAUGACAUUCCUAAUGAAAAUAUCGUGUAUUGGCAUGGACAACAUGCCAAGUUCUUUGAGAGUGGGAUCAAUCAAGAAUUCAUUCAAAUUCUUUCGAGAAGAGGAAUAGUUUAUGCGAUCACUUCUCCGGAUCAUAAACUCUAUUGGAAGUGGGAACAAGGUCAUUCGAACCAAUGGUCCGAUGAUGUAUUUUCAAAUUAUAAAGAAAAUAGAAAUGGAGAAGAAAUUGGAUUGGAAAGAGCCUAUUUCGUUGCUGCAUCUUAUCAUCACGUAUUAAUUUUGACAGAUAAGAUUGUUGAUGGCAUAGUCUCACCAGAUAUCGGUUCGUCAAAUUUUGCAUUCACGGAAUUGCCAAACGGAGAAAGAUUUAAAGUACCCAAAAGGCCCUCUGUAGUUGCCAUUCAUGUUGGUAGCUAUGACAAUCCUCCUUUCUUUGGAGAGGAUGUUAUUAAUUUGCAAACAUUAGUGGAGGGCACGUCUUCUGUGAAACAAGGACAAAUUUAUUGGUUGAGAGACGUCGAAAAAGCUCUUGCUUUUAAUGAAUAUAUAACAUACAUGGCAUGUGCUGCUUACACCAGCGUGUUUGUUACAAGCAAUGGACGAUUACUUGUGGGAGGAUCAAAUCAAUUCGGAGAGGUUGGUCAAUCUAUUGCAACCACACCAGCUACUCUCAGAAUAGAAGAACAUCCAUUCUCAAGAAGAAACCCAAACGUAAAGAUUUGUAAAGUAGCCUGUGGGGAUCAUUCGAUAAUUGCCCUGAGCACUGAAGGAAAGAUUUAUGUGUGUGGCUACAAUGGAAGUAACGAAUUAAUGCUUGAUUCUAACCGUGAUAUUGUUGAGGAAUUGUGUGAAAGCAAGAGGGUUAAUGAAAUUACCGAUCACGAUCCUGCCAUUGAUGUUGCGACACAAUAUUACCAUUUUUUAUUUCUCACAAAAAGUGGAAGAAUUUACAUGAAUGGCUCUGAUCAUAAUACUACAAGAACAUUUACUCUGCCCUUUUCACAUGAUGGAACUGUAUUCCACAAGGUGGCAUGUGUUGGAGCUACGAAUUACCAAUUCCAUGCAUGCUUAAUCAAUUCGCAAAGCGAUGUGUGUCUUGUAGAUAUUUCUAUUCAGGACCAAACGAAGGUGAUUUUCAUGAAAAAAGCAGUUCACAUCGAUUCAAAUAAGAUUUUAUGGAUCAAUGGAGGAGAAGAGAAUCGAUCGCCAUUGUGUGUGUACUUGAAAACUCAGCAUGUUUCUGGUAGUUCGUUGCAAACAAAGCUUGCAAAUCAUCUUACAAAUGUGUAUGGAGAGGAUGGAGUUGAUGAUAUUUUGUUUCGUUGGAUGUAG